CAACGAUGACACAACUACCGUCUGCGUCUUUCGGACCGUUUAACCAGGGUCUCCAGGUGGGGCAGAAUUAUGGGUCGAUGGAGAUCCACCUGCCGCCGGAGCAUUCCACCGACAAGUCCCCAGAACGAUCGCUCGAGCGCCUCGACAUCCUCCCCGAAGCAUCCUUCGACGCGGCGAACAAGCAGCGUGUGGCGACCUGUCUCCCCGGCACGCGCCGCGAUGUCCUUGCACAGAUCAGGAGCUGGGCUAAUGGCGGCGGUAACAAACAUAUAUACUGGCUCAAGGGCUGGGCAGGCACGGGCAAGUCGACGAUUGCGCUGACAGUGGCCCGCGAAUACAGCAAGAAGAAGCGGCUCGGCGCCAGCUUCUUCUUCUCGAGGGGUGGGGGCGAUCUUGCGUCCACGCGCAGGUUCGCCGCGACGAUCGCCGUCCAGCUUGCAGAGGCGUCGCCGCAGCUGCGCAGGCACAUUGCCGAUGCUGCGGUCGCUACUCACCGCAUCCACGGGCUCGGCUUGUACGACCAGUGGGAGAGGCUCAUUCUGCAGCCGCUGGCGCAGCUGAGCAAGGACGCAUUCCCGUACUCGCUGGUCAUUGUUAUAGAUGCCCUGGACGAGUGCAACAACAACGACGAGAUUUUGCUCCUGAUUCGAUGCUUUGCGGCCGCGGUGGCUGUUGGGCACGUCGACCUAAGGAUAUUCGUCACAAGCAGGCCGGACCAGCCGGUCAACGUCGGCUUUAGCGAUAUCUCUACAUACACGCACCACGACUUCAUCCUCCACCAUAUCGAACAGUCGAUUGUUGAUCAAGAUCUAGCUAUCUAUUAUAAGCACCAACUCGGACGAACAGUACAGACCUCUCUUCUUGACGCGGCGUUUCUGUCUGACGACGUGAUCCAGACGCUGGUCCAGAAGUCUUGUGGGUUGUUCAUCUAUGCUGCAACGGUAUGUCGCUUUGUUCGCGCAGGAGGGCUUCUUGCCGGCGAGCGGCUUGCUCAUCUAGUGUCUACCGAGUGCUUGCCUGCCAAAGCGGGGACGGCAUUGGACCGGAUGUAUAUGACGGUGCUAGAGUACUCUCUAACCGCCGAACUUGAGCCUGAGGAGAUGGCUAGGGUACGAGAACUACUCCGACGUGUUAUAGGCACCAUUGUUAUGCUCUUCGACGCUCUUUCACCUGCUAGCCUUGCUAUGCUACUCGACCAGUCCAAGGAGGCAAUUGCAUUGCUGCUGGGCACCUUUCACUCACUCCUUGAUGUCCCGGAAGAAGAGGACAGGCUGAUUCGGCUUCUUCACCCCUCCUUCCGCGAAUUUCUGCUGGAUUCACAGAGAUGUUCUAACACAACAUUUUGCAUCGACGCCACAGAGGCACACCAAUACCUGUUCGAAUGCUGUCUGAGGGUUAUGUCUAGUUGCCUCCGCCAAGAUAUGUGUGACCUUAGACGGCCAGGAACCCGAGUUACCGACGUUCUCAGGUCGGAGGUGAAUAAGAAUAUUCCAUUUGCCGUCCAGUACGCCUGUCGGUAUUGGGUCUAUCAUCUCGAGCGGAGCGAAGUCGACCCUCAAGAGCACCGUGGUAUCGCGGAGUUUUUUGAGGCUCGCUUCCUCUUCUGGCUGGAGACUCUCGCGUUAAUCGGUCGGCUGGCUGAUGGGAUUGCUAUGCUCCAGCUUCUAGAAACAAGAUUACCUAGGAGCACUACAACCGGACUGCGAGGCCUUUUUAGCAAGAUAAACGCUAAGUUCUUGACCAGACGUGCACAAAACCCUCCAAGUCUGGGAGCAGUAGUCUACGAUGCAAAGCGAUUCCUGCAAAGCCACAGCUCAAUCAUCGAGGAGGCUCCGCUUCAGGCAUACUGUUCUGCUCUAGUGUUCAGUCCCGAAGCGAGUAUUAUUCGUCGGCUUCACAUGCGGCAUCUCCCUAAGUGGAUUGUGCGCGCGCCAGCGCUCUCAGAAGCCUGGACUGUACAUCUGCAAACGCUAAGCCAUCCUAGUGCAGUCAAAGCCAUCGCCUUCUCGCCAGACGGCCGGCUCAUUGUGUCGGGCUCUGACGACAGCACGGUCCGCGUAUGGGAUGCGGCCACGGGGGCCGAGCGGCGUGUGCUGCAAGGCCAUUCGAGCUGGGUCAAUGCCGUCGCCUUCUCGUCGGACGGCCGGCUCCUUGUAUCGGGCUCUGGCGAUAAGACGAUCCGCGUAUAGGAUGCGGCCACGGGGGCCGAGCGGCAUAUGCUGCAAGGCCAUUCGAGCUCGGUCAAUGCCGUUGCCUUCUCGCCGGACAGCUAUCUUAUCGUAUCGGGCUCUGGCGAUAAG